AUGCCAAAUGGAACGUACGUUCCAGAUCCCGUGGCUUGUGAAUCAUUCUACUUGUGCCUCAUAGGAGAACCACCACGAUGGGCUCAAUGCCCAAAUGAUUAUUGGUUUAAUCCUGAAACAAGAGUUUGUGAUAUGCCUGAGAAUGUAGUCUGUGCUGCUGCUACAACUGAACCACCAACAACAACUACAACCACAACAACGACGACAACGACAACUCCAACGACAGUUUGGGAUCCAGACAUUGAAGCGGGAAUUUACUGCCCUAGUCAGGAUAAUCCAUUUCGAAUUCUAUUCCUACAGAGCUUUAUUGACUGUGGCAGGUACUACAUCUGCUACCAUGGGCGUCCGCAUCGCUUCCAAUGCGUCUCCGGGAUGUACUGGAACCCCUUCUGGAGUCAGUGUGACUAUCCACAGAAUACUUACUGCGAAGUUAAUCCCCAUCCGUUCCCUGUCUGCCCAAGAAGUGGUCUGUCAAUCUUCCCUCAUCCCGAUGAAUGUGAUUCCUACAUCUACUGCGUUAAUGGUGAACCGUCAAUUCAAAAAUGCCCCUUCUACCAUCACUGGGAUGUUGGAAGUCAAUCCUGCAUGCUGAGAGAUAGGGCUAGGUGCGUUCUGGAUUGAAGGCUUCAAGACUUAAGUCCUUGAUGAGAGUAAAAGUGUGUCAAUGCGUUAUC